GCAUCGUCACAUCUUAGUUUAUUUUGUAACAAUACAUAGUUGAGCUGAUCUCAACUGAUCAAAACCUGAGAAACAAGACGAUGGCUGAUCGAUAUUUUCCUAACAAUAUGCCGGAUUUCGUAGCUGAAAUAAAUGGGGAAGAGGAAGAGGAAGAAGCUGUAGCUCAAGGAAGUGAAGAAUCGCUGAUGCGCCUUCUGAGCAUGCGUUAUGACUCGUUUUCUGAGAGGCUCAAGCGAGCUGCUUUGGACCUCAAAGAAACUGUGGUGGCUGAGACAUGGGGAUCUAGCAGGCAAAAUGUCCAAGACUUUAGUCUUUAUACAGGAACACUUGGAACUGCCUUUUUGCUCUUCAAAUGUUAUCAGGUUACUAAUAAUAGGAAUGACCUGGAGCUCUCUUCUCAGAUUGUUAAGGCUUGCGACUCUGCUUCUUCCGAAUCUAGCCAUGUGACAUUUUUCGCACGAGCUGGGGUUUGUGCACUUGGUGCUGUUAUAUCUAAGCAUAUGGAAGACAAUGAGAUGCUUGGUUAUUACUUGACCAAGUUCAAGGAGAUUGAGCUGCCAAAAGACCUCUCUGAUGAAUUAUUUCGCGGGAGAGCGGGAUUUCUAUGGUCAUGCUUAUAUCUUAAUAAGCAUAUAGGCAAGGAUACUAUUCCUUCUGCCCUCAUGGGUGUGGUUGCUAAUGAAAUUAUAGCAAAUGGGAGAAAAAUGGGGUCCAAGGAUAGGUGCCCGCUGAUGUAUGAAUUCAGGGGUCAGAAGUUCUGGGGCACAGCCCAUGGUCUAGCAGGAAUCAUGAAUGUCUUGAUGGAGCUAGAACUAAAGCCAGAUGAACGGGAGGAUGUUAAGGCCACUCUUAAGUAUAUGGUUAAUAAUAGGUUUACUAGCGGGAACUAUCCUGCAGCCGAAGAUGAUGAAAAUGAUGUUCUUGUGCAAUGGUGCCGUGGAGCUCCUGGUGUUGCACUUACACUAGUCAAGGCAGCUCAGGUUUUUGAAGAAGAGAAAUUUCUGGAAGCAGCCAUAGAUGCGGCAGAGGUCGUCUGGAAACGAGGUCUACUCAGAAGGGUCGGCAUUUGCCAUGGUAUCAGUGGAAACGCUUAUGUAUUCUUGUCACUUUACCAACUGACAAAGCAAAAGGAGUUCCUCUACCGGUCCAAAGCAUUUGCAUCAUAUUUACUUGAUAGAUCUCACAAGCUUAUUUCAUCAGGAGAAAUGCAUGGAGGAGAUGCCCCAUACUCGCUUUUUGAAGGACUUGGUGGCCUGCCGUAUCUUUUUCUGGACAUGGUACAGCCAACUGAGGCCAAAUUUCCAGCUUAUGAACUUUAAGAAAGCUUGCAAAAGUGAAGUGAAUUAAACUCGUUUUCUCUGAAUGGUAAUGUUUGUUAUCAAUUUAUGCACUGGCUGUUUUUUUUAUUUUUCUUCUGUUUAACUUUUGUAAUAAGCUGGCUACCGCAAGUGAAGAAUCUUUAAAUGAGGUUCUUCAUUCAAUAUAAAACUUCAAAGAUUUAUCUACA